AUGGACUCAGAUAAUUGGAACUUCCAAAAUAAUCCAUAUUUCCAAGAUUAUAAUAUUGGUAAUCCAAACAAUAAUACUAAUGGUAUCAAUGGUAGUAGUAAUGGUACUAUGAAUUUAUCAAAUAGCGCUUCCUUAUUUUUAAAUAAGAAUUUGGGAAAUUCAGAUUUCCAACCAUUUUCACUUCAACCAUCAUUAUAUUUAUCAAAUUCUUCAAAUAAUACCAAUAAUAAUAAUAAUAAUAACAACAACAAUAAUAAUAAUAAUAAUAAUAAUAAUAAUAAUAAUAAUAAUAAUAAUAAUAAUAAUAAUAAUAAUAUUAUAAAUAAUAAUACAGAUGAAUUUGUAUUUAAAAAGAUAUCAGCUAAUAAUUUACAAACGCCAACAUCACCACCAAAAGAUUUGGGAUUCAUUCAAACCAUACUUCAACAUCAACAAGAACUAUUUCAAAAGAAAUUAUCAGAAUCUGGUGUUACAAACCUUCAACCUGAUCAAAUACAAUUCAUGUUUAUGCAAGAACAACAAAAAUAUUUAACAAGUUUGAAUGGUAAUGAUAACACUUUACCACCUUUAGAAAAUAAUUUUUCAUUCCAACAUGUAAAUAAUAAUAAUUUAACUUCACCUCCCCAACAACAACAACAACAACAACAACAACAACAACAACAACAACAUCAACAACAUCAACAACAUCAACAACAUCAACAACAACAACAACAACAACAACAACAACAACAACAACAACAUCAACAUCAACAACAACAACAACAACAACAACAACAACAACAACAACAACAACAACAACAACAACAACAACAAUUAAAACAGCAACAACCACAACAACAUCCGAUCCAAUCACCACAACCAAUUCAAUCACCAACUCCAUCUCCAUCACUUCAACAACACCAAACAUAUUCAUAUACACCAUCAACACAACAAACUUCUUUACAACAAUUACAACAACAACAAAUGCAACAAUUGUUACAAAUGUCACCACAACAUCAACAGCAGCAUAAUCAAAUUCAACAACAACAAGCUGCUGCUGCGGCUGCUGCAUUACUACAACAACAAUUAGCACAACAACAAGCACAACAAUUAGCACAACAACAACAAUUAGCACAACAACAAUUAGCACAACAACAACAACAACAGCAACAACAACAUGUCCAAUCAUUACAUCAAGCACAAGUUCAACAAGCUCAUAUGUCUCAAUUACAACAACAACAAUUGGCACAGCAAGCAUUCCAACAAGCACAACAACAACAAUUCCACCAACAAAAUAUUCAACAACAUCAAAACCAAAACCAACAACAAUUACAACUACCGCAACCACAACAACAGCAGCAUAAAUCGACACCACCAACACAAAAUACACCACCAGUUAAAUCUCCAGCACCACAAACUCCAACUUUAACCACUAAUGGUAAAGGUUCUAAAUCGACACCACCAACAACGACAACCACAACAACAACAACAACAUCAUCAUCAUCAUCAUCAUCAUCAUCGUCAUCAUCAUCAAAAAAGAAAACAUCAAAUAAAAAGACAGGAAAUUUACAGGUACCUCCAACCCCUCCUCAUCAUCAUCAUCAUCAUCACAAUAAUCACCACCAUCAUCAUAGUGAAGGAUUUAGUGAUGAAAAUGAUGAGGAAUUUAUUGAUGAAAAUGAAGAUAAAUCCAAAAAUAAAUCAAGAUCAAGUCAAAAUAUAGCAAGUAGAAAUUAUAGACAAAGAAAGAAGGAUCACAUUUCAGAGGUUGAAUUUAAAGUUCAACAAUUAUCAUUGGAGAAUGAAAGAUUGAAACAAGAGAAUCAUCUCUUGAAAAAAGGUGAUUUAGGUGAUGUCAUGAGACCAGAUUUCGAUUUUCAACAGGUUUUAUUAGAGAGCCAAAAAUUAAUGUCACAACUUCAAGAUGCUGUAAAUAAACAAGAUCACGCCACAAUUGAAAAUUUACUUCAACUUUAUUAUUUUGCUUCACAACUUCGUACAACUGUAGUUGAAAGAGAAGUUGAAAAAAUAGUUCAUCCAUAUACUCAAGCAAGAUUAGCAGUAAUGGGAUAUAGAUCAAACGCAGAAACAUCAAUUUUAUUAAGACCAUUUUCAACCAAUUUAUGGUGGCCAAAAUAUGCAGAUGAAGUUGGAUUAACAGAGGAACAAAGAAAAGCAUCUGAUAUUUUAUGGACAGAUCAUUUAAAGAUUGAUAUGGAGUUAAGAACUGAACGUGAUCAAUUGGAUAGAGAGAUUAAAGAAUUAUUUUUGAAAAAGAUAGUUUCACAUGGUACUAAAAGACCAGAGUUAUUAUUUGAACGUGAAACCUUAUCAACUUUUAAUAGUGAAUCAGAUUAUCCAAGUUCACCAUCCUCAGCUUCAAAUUCUUCAAAUUCACCACCAACUUCAUCACCAACAAUUAUUACACCACCAGAUUCACCAUUAACUAAUAAUCAAAAUAAUCAAAAUAAUAAUCAAAUGAUUAAUAGUAAUAGUAAUAAUAGUAAUAAUAAUAGCCAUCAUCAUCAUCAUCAUCAUCAUUCACAUCUUCAUGGUCAUUCACCAUAUCCAGUACCAAAUGGUACAGUUCAUCCACCACCAACAACAGCAGUAAGUGAACAUAAUAAACCAAUUGAAUUAUCAGAGUUAUUAGAUGUAACUAGAAAAUUGGAAAUGUUAAAAAAGAAUUUUGUUAAACAUCGUAAUUUAAUUUGUGAUACUGAUUUAGUAUUAUCGACUAUUUUAACACCAUUUCAACAUGCAAAAUUAAUUUUAAGAUUAAAUAGUGUCACAUGUUAUGAUUUUAGUAUUGUUGAUACUAUCACUGGAAUUUGGGGUAGCAUUAAUUCAACAUUAAAGGAAGGUUCUUUUAUUCAAAAUUUAAUGCCAGAUCAAGAUGGUAAAUUUGAAGUUUUGGAAAAGUUUAAACAAAAUCAAUUAUUGGAUCUUAAAGGUCAAAGGCCAAUAAAAUUAGAAAGUCUUCAAAGAACUUAUGAAAAACUUUAUCAAACCGUUUUAGGUUCUGAAAGUCCAAAUUGUCAAUUUGUAAAACAAGCUGAUUAUCAACAUCAAAAUUUAUUAACUGCUAGUCCAAAUUAUACAAAUUCUCCUUUAAUAACUUCAAGUCCAUCACAAUUAACUCCAAAUUCACCACGUCCACCAUUAGAUAUUUCAAAUAAUAAUAAUAAUAAUAAUAAUAAUAAUAAUAAUAAUAAUAAUAAUAAUAAUAAUAAUAAUAAUAAUAAUAAUAAUAAUAAUAAUAAUAAUAAUAAUAAUAAUAAUAAUAAUAAUAAUAAUAAUAAUAAUAAUAACAGUAACAAUAAUAAUAAUACUAAUAAUAAUAACAAUAAUUAUAACAAUAAUGGUAAUAAUAAUAAUGGCAAUAAUAACAACGGUAAUAAUAAUAAUGGUAAUAAUGGUAAUAAUGGUAAUAAUAGUAAUAAUAGUAAUAAUGGUAAUAUUAAUUCAGUAGAUAUUCAAGCAUUACAUCAACAACAAAAACAAAAUUUACAACCUCAACAAUUACAACAAAAUCAACAAUUACAACAAAAUCAAAAUACUCCCCCACAACAAUCCCAGCAAGUUUGUUCACCAAGUUCUCCUAUGACGCCAGAAUUAAAUAAACAACCAGAAAUAGUAGGUGGAGAUAAUACAAAUAAAAAAAAUAAAUCAAAAAAGUAUCAGUGGUAUAGUUAUAAGACCCCUAAUAUUUAG